AUGAAUUGCAAACCCUGGAAGGGCAAGCCAUUCAAAUUACCACCUAUGCCAAAUUAUCCGCAAGAGCGGAUCAUUGAAUCAAAAACGUUUGGACGAAUUGGCCUCGACCACUUGGGGCCAGUUGCUGUAAAGACACAAACGGAGAGAGUAAAGCGAUGGAUCGUUUUGUUCACAUCACCACCAUCUAUCAGCGAAAAAAGGUUACUUACGGAAAGGGAAUUAAUAACAUUAAUUAUUGAAGUAGAAAGCAUUCUUAAUACGCGCCCCUUGAUUUACGUAAAUUUCGAUGACUCAAUUAUCUUACGACCAACAGACUAUUUCACCCAAUGCUUUAUACCAAAUGACAAUGAUGACAAUGAAGACGAAUUCACAUCUCAUAAACUAACCACACAAGAUUACUUAGACACUGAUCGAAAUCGAUACCAAUUAGAAUACAAAUCUCCAAAAAAUGUAGAAAGGAGAGCACCGAUAGGAGUAGUACUAUCAGAUGAACCAUAUACGCCACGCGGUACUUGGAAGCUAGCAAGAAUAAAGAAACUAAAUGUAGCCGUCGAUGGGCAUGUCAGCAGUGCUCAGAUCAAAACACCAUUAGGAAAACUAAAUCGACCAGUAAACACAUUGUAUCCACUUAA